UAUACGGUUCUUAAUUUUAUUCUUUUGCUUUUAAGUAUAUUUAACAACGAUGUCGAAAGUUAUCAUGCCGUGGUCGUUAUUCACGGCGUUCUCACUGGAAGCGACAGUAUGGAACUUAUUAGUAAUAGAAUUCAAGAAGUAAGUAAUUCAAAUGUAAAACAAAGAGUAUUGCAGAUGUCGCACCUAUAUGCAUCCAGGGACACAGAUUUAUAAUACUCCAAGAUAUGCUGGAUGGAGUAGCUUGGAAUCAAUGUGGCGCCAAGUGGAAGAAAUAGGCAUGGAUGUUAUAUCUAUUGGUGCUGCAUUUCCCGAAGGAAUAAAUUUAGUUGGUUAUAGUCAAGGUGGUUUAUUAGCCAGAGCAAUACUACAAACAUUUCCUGAACACAAUGUCAGAAAUUUUAUUUCCUUGAGCUCGCCACAAGCGGGACAAUAUGGAACUCGAUUUCUUCAUUUAUUUUUCCCCGACUUGGUGUGUGAAACUGCCUAUCAAUUAUUUUAUUCAAAAAUUGGACAACAUACCAGUAUUGGGAAUUAUUGGAAUGAUCCUCAUCAUCAAAAAUUAUACUAUAAAUAUAGUAAUUUUCUACCAUAUGUGAAUAAUGAAAAAAAUUCUACAAAAAUGUCAGCAUUUAAAGAGGGUCUCACCAAAUUAAAACGUAUGAUACUUGUUGGUGGACCUGAGGAUGGUGUUAUUACUCCAUGGCAAAGCAGUCAUUUCGGAUAUUACGAUGUUAACGAAACUGUGAUAAAUAUGCGUGAUCGAAGUAUUUACAAAGAUGAUUUAAUUGGACUAAAAACAUUAGAUGAAAGUGGAAGAUUAGUUCUCAUCACAGUGCCAAAUGUUCCUCACUAUGAAUGGCAUAAAAAUAUAUCCAUAGUAGAUGAUUUUUUACUGCCAUAUUUAGAUUAAUGUAAUACUCUUAUUCUAGAUUAGAUAAUUGUUGCCAUACAAGAUAAAGAAAACUCCAAAGAUCUCUUGAAUCAUGAUAUUUGAUAUAACAAAUUUUAUACAUAUCACAUGAAUUCUAUACACUUUAUUAAUUUUCACGAAAAUUAAAUGUAUAAUAGAUAUAUUUUUUAUU